AUCCAAUGUUUUGUGGGAAAUUUGUGGCGUGCGCCGUCGUCCGUCCGUCCUGAGCCCUGGCAUAUCGGUAUGCGGUCGAUCUGCCCAGACUCUGUACUAUGGGAAGCUGAGCACAAUAUGUACAGAGUACGGAGUACGGAGUAAUCACCCUGUCCCUGAGAUCCCCUAGGAUGGUUGGUGGUUGGUCUCGUUGACGAAAGCCCAGGCCCAAAAGUUCAGCAGUCACGCAUGUCGUUUUCUCAGGUGCUUUUUGGAGGAGUAUAGUUUCCAGAUGUCCCUUCUCCUGAACAAGAUUGCUAGCGUCCUUUUUUUUGCGCCCGAUCUAUCCAUGGAUGACUAGCACAAGCAGAUUUUACAUGUGCUUUCGAGCUUCCACACGCACCGAUGACAUUUUGUAUGGAACUUGCGCCGAACGCACUGGCAAUUCCCUCAUGAGAACCCUCUCAUACUGCACUCGCUUUUAGCCCGCCAGAACACCGACAAGAUGUCCCAAUAUACGGACAACCAGUCCACCGAGCUCGAGAAGGGGGCUUUGUCACCCACGGCCCUCCCAUUCUCGACACGAUACCGAUCCCUCCAUCGACGCAUCCUGCGAAUCCUGGUACCAAGUUUCCUCCAGACAAAUCCUACAGCCACCCGCGAUGUCAAACGCGCGACCGAUUUCCUCGACGGCAUGCGAGGCUACGCCGCCUUUGCCGUCUACAUCUGUCACUACAUCAUGCCCACGCAUCCCAAGGCGCACACGGGCUUCGGCGGCAACAACGGCGCCAACGACUCUGCCAUCACGCAACUACCGAUCCUCCGCCUGAUCUACAGCGGGCACUUCUGCGUCUGCCUGUUCUUCGUCAUAUCCGGCUUCUCCGUCUCGUUGAAACCCGUCAAGCUGGCGCGAAAGGGACAACUGCCCGAAUUCCUCGACGCCAUGGUAUCCGCGACGUUCCGGCGAGCGUGCAGGCUGUAUCUGCCAUGCCUGGCGAUGCUGGGAAUCACCUUCGUCCUGGCGUGCUGCGGCGCCUUCGACUUCAUGUUCGCCCUGGUGCACAACUGGCCGUUUCUGAGCAAGCCCCUGCGCGUCCCCGUCGUGCACCCUACGGUAUGGAAACAGUUUCGCGAUUUCGCCAGCCAGGUCUGGAAAUGGUCCGAUCCGUGGGCCUUGUCCGGCGCAAUGAAUCGCAGCGAGAAGCACAUACCGUACGGCGUCCAGCUGUGGACCAUACCCGUCGAACUCAGCUGUUCCUUCAUCAGCUUCCUCUGCCUCAUUGGGCUGGCGAAAACCCGUCCUCUCCUGCGCGUGGGCAUCGUCAACACGAUUGGCGCCUACUUCCUGUUCCGAGGCCAUCCCGAGGUGACGCUGUUCCUCGCCGGCACCACUCUGGCAGAAGUCUAUCUCCUGGGCCAGGAGCGCGUCGCAGCUGAGCUCACACCACCUGCAGAAACCCGAAAGCAGAAGAUCCAAGCCAGUCUGGCCUUCCUCGCCGGUCUCUACCUAGCCUCGUAUCCGCCCAAAUAUGCCCAAACUUCGCCUUUCUCGGCUCCACUCUACUACCUGGCCAGCUUGAUAGCCACCGACGACAACCAAUUCUUCCUCUACUUUUACAACACCAUCGCGUCCGUGUUGCUCGUCUACGUGGUCUCGAUCUCCCCCUUCCUGCAAGGGUUGGUGACGACACCGUUGGGGCGGUAUCUGGGCAAGAUAUCGUUUGCGCUGUACUGCGUGCAUCAGGCGUUGAUCAACUGGUUCGGGUACAGGAGCAUGCUGUUCUUCUGGUCGUUGACCGGGAACGAGACGACGUUCCGCUAUGAGUUGGGUCUCGGGAUUGCCUGGGUGUUUCAGACUAUUGCGACGAUUUGGGCGGCGGAUAUGUUUUGGAGGUAUGUGGAU